AUUGUAAUGGGUUUUAUUUAGGGCACAAAACCCAACAAAUCUCACAUUGGAUUCCUCAAACAACAUGGAUGGCGUUCUUAUUCGAAAAGAUAUUGAUGAAGUUGAAACUGAUGAGUUAUUGAUUGACUCCCCAAAAGAUCAAAAUAAUCAAGUUCAACACGAAUUAAACAUUGAUGAUAUUGAUGAAGAAGCACUACUUAGUGGUUCAGAUUCUGAAACUGACUGUGAUGAAAGUGAUUAAUAUAAAGAGUGUGUAAAUAACUUUAUUUUGUUAAUGGGAUAAUUUAAUAUUAGCUACUAAUAAUUUAUCAUUUCAGAUUUUAUUAUGUCAAGUAGUACGAGAAAAGGUAGCUUAAAACGGGGACGCACUGAUACUUCGGAUCAACCCUUGAGUAGUACGAGAAGAUUUAGCUCUAAACGGGCACACAAUGAUACUCAAUCACCAUCAGAUUCACCGCAAACCUUGACACCUUCUACUGAUGACCCUUCAACAGUUCCAUUACAUGAUGAACAACGUCAAUCUUCAAAAGAAAUACAAAAGAACGUACGUGGUCCUACUCGUGGAGAUCGCUUAAGCCGUGAACUGAAGAAUGACAAAAUAACUAAUUUAACUAUUACCUAUAAUAAGGGCGAGCUUCAAGUUUAUGGUGAUAAUGCUUCUGAUUUUACAACCAAUGUUGGCGUAAAUGUACACCAUGAUGCUCUAUUGCAAUACAGUGGUUGAGCGAAG